AGACCGAAAAGUGCCUGCUCAUGCUCUGUACUUCUGAUAGAUAUUAAAACUCAUUCUAUAAUGUAUUUCUAGUCUUCAUAAACUACAUUUAAUUGAAAUUGACCUCAAUGAUCAUCGAGAUCCAAAUAAUGAGCCAAGUAAUGAGAAGGCUCAACUUCUACGACAUACUCACGUUGUUCCAAAACUGAAGCUGAACUAACCAUCUCCACUUGUUAUUAAUGCUUUUCUGCUAUUUCACAUCCUCAAGAACUGAACACAAGAAAAUGAGUUCUUCUAGUAGUUCCUGCUUCGCAAACCAAGCUGGACGAGGAGGUUUCCAGGAACCUGAAGUGGACCUAAGUGCCACAGUCACCUUGCAUUCCAGUGCUGUACAAAAACGUCGAAGUCGGAGUCCAAAAGCUAGAGGUGCUGGACGAGGUUCAUCUCCACGACCUCCUGUUGGUCUUGCGAACGGCACAAGAGGCAAUGCGAACGGCACAAUAGGAGACAACGUGAAUUAUGGUCCUCCUCUGGGAGGUCGAGGUGCCUCCCCAGACCAGGAAGAAAUCAGGCUUCUUCACUAUCCUGAACGCGCUGAGGGAGGCGGACCUUUGGGUAGGUCAAGUCCACGACGAAGGGGCAUUAGUCCAGAAGAUGCACGCCUUUUACUAGCUGAGAAAAUAAAGUCUGUUAGCUCUCGAAGUCCCAGUCCUGGUGCUAGAAAGGGUCCUUGUAGUCCUGCUGCUAGAAGAAGCAAAAGUCCUAAACGUGGAGGUGGGGGUGCUGCUGCUGGUGCUGGUGGAUCUAAGAAGAAGAACCAAAACGUGGGCGGUGCUGCUGGGUCAAAACAGUCUGUAGCUGGUGCUGGUGCCGGUGGGAACAACAAUGCUGGACCUCCAGGUCCAGGAAGUGAGAAAAACAAGCCUCCAAUGUUUCGCCUCGUCAUUGCAGGCGAAAACGAUCCACCACCGUUGUAUCCACCACCAGGCGAGCAGGGAGAUGGGGAUGACCUUUUUUCACAUGUCCGUGAUCAUUCAGCGUCGUUGCAAGAAGCUGGUGGAGGUGGAGGUCGAAGGAAUAGCAAGACCUCUGCAAGCCUGUCACAGAAGGAACAAGUCCAAGGGCAACAUUAAGACUUUUGGUGAUGAUCAAACUACUUAUCGAUGUAAAAACUACAAGCUACUUACUCUUGCUCGAAUCAAUCGGCUUUUGCAACCAUUCAGUCGUGUCUUUUCCACCGAAAUCAAAUUUUUAUUAGGUUCUUCCACUUAUUUCCACCCUGCUCUAACAUCAGCAUCCCACCAAGAACUUCUAUUCUUCUCUCUCUGGAGGUAGUGGACCUGAGCGUGUUCUUCGUGGCCGCGAAUUAAGGGACUACGAGCGCUAUCUUCAGCAAAGAGAGCAAGAACAGCAGUUACAACAGAAACGGCUCAGGGAAGCGGAGCUUCUAAACCGCAUCAACCCUGUUCCAAGUCUAUCCGACCGAUCGCCUAAGCAGUACUUGCGUCCCCUUUCCGGUCGCGCGGCUAUGUCACCACGUUCGCGGUACAUUGGGGUAUCGAUGUCUCCAAGUUCCAAUCUUCAUCAACCAGGAGUUCUCGGUAGUAACGCAUCUCCUUCUGCCGCAGUAGUUCAUCACCCGGGAGAUUGGGACAGCGAUACGAAAGUACCUUCUUCAACCUUCAGUCCAGUCGCUAAACUAGGGAAGUCUCCAGUUCUCUUAGCCCAUAGCCCCUACGCAAAUACACCAGCACCUCCGGCGUCGCAGAUGAUCAAGAAUGCUUAUGCUGCACCUGGACAACAGCGCUCACCACCUCUGAUGAAUCAGCAAUUAUAUGACGAUCCAUCUUCAGGGUUGGGGAUGUUUUCUCCUAGUCCGCACAACAAUGGAGGGAACAACAUGCAUGGAGGUAGUAACUACAUGCUUCCACCGACCUCUCCCAGACCUCAGAGUCCGCUUCUUAAAAACCAAUCCGCGUGGCAAGCAGAACAUGACAAGAACGUUUUCCUCAGUGCACGAUUACCUUCGCCUGAGAUGCGCCGACGCUAUCUUCAGGCACUCAAAUACGAGGCUGAGAAGUCGAAAGCUGCCGCAAGAGAGCUGCCUGCCAGAGAAGCAGAGAAGCUCGAUGCUUUGCAGCACAAGCGCAGUCCGGACAAGCCGCCAAGUCAGUUUCGGAAGCCCUAUCUGGGACAAGAAGGAGAAGUUCUCAAACAAGUGGAAGAAGCCAGAACCAAGCGUGAGGAGGAGAAAAAGAAGGCAGAACGUUUGUAUCAGCGUUUAUUUGCGAAACAGAACGAAAAAAGUCUUGGUGCUGUUAACAACGACAAAUACGACUUCACGAAUCUUCAGCGCGACUUGCUGUUAGAUGGUCGUGACGAAGAUACCGGAACAGAAAACGCUGACAACGGCUCCACUGGCGAAGGAUACCCAGGAACUGAUGAAGAUGAACAUGUUGAGAAAAACAACAAGAACAAGAACGCCAAGAACAAGGAUAUAUCUUCUUCUCCUAGAGACCCAGACCGUCGUCUGAGCGAGGAUGAACUCCACCACAAGGCUGUCAAAGACAAUGCCGCAGACAAGAAGAAGCGCAAAGCGAUGAAGAAACUAGACAAGGAAAUGGAGAGAGGCCCUCCACCAAUUGAAACGUGGUCUUCAGCAGCAGCAGCAGCACGUCCGACGACGGCUGCUGCUCCAGUAAAACGAGCAGAGUUUGAACCCUCAGACCUCGUGGAAUCGCUAGGAAGGCAAGCACGGGAAAGGCAAAUGCGCGACAAUGGGGAUCCUGGUGAAAGUCUAGAAACUGUCCUAGCUGGAGUUCGGAUGCCGCCACCAGAACAGCAUGCUAGUAGAGGUAGAAGUGGAGCAGGCAAAAUGAACAAAGGAGGUGGAGGUUAUCAUGGUGGUGGCCCUGUUCCUGUUGGUCUGUCUCCUACUUCUAUGGGCGGAAAAGGAGGUAACUACGACUAUAACGAGUACGACCCUAAUGCAGCAGACGUGAGUGCUUUCAAUCACCUUCAUGGUCCAGCUACCUGGCAGACUCCAGAUCUGAGACAACAGACCGACUUCAUCGACUAUCCUACAGCGGAGGAGCGUAAUAGCCAAAUGCGAGAAGCGGCUGAAAUCAACGCUCGAUUGAAACAUAGACAGCAAUCUCGACGCGGAUCGUCUCCGAAAGCUAGGAAAGACCACCUCUUAUCCGACGCCGACAUUCAGAAACGCGCGAAAGAGAACGCCGCUAAAGUCCGCAAGGAGAUGUGGGACGAGCCUUUGCUGGUCGAAAAACGUAAAUUAGAACAACAAAUAGCAGAACGCCAACGGUUGGAGGAAGAACGGAGGGCGAAAAUGCGAGAAAAUGAGAAGGCGGAGAAUCAACGCAAGUUGAAAGAGAAACUACUGCGAGAAAUGGGUGGCGCAAUGGAAGGUGAUCCAAGAAUUAAGGGUAAGUAGGUUAAAGGUGCUUUUCUUACCGCUUUUUAUGCCUCUCCUAAGGGAGAAAGGCAUAAAAAGCGGGGUAUUAAGCAAGCACCAAAAACCUACCUCUAAAAAUGCUGGAAUGAUCUCCUUGGAUCGUCUAGAGAGCCCACCACCACCACCGGUUGCAAGAGAAAGGAGAGGCUCUUCUCCAUCGCAGCGAAAGUCCUACGCAGCUAUCGAGCAAGUACAUCACAACAAUCAAAUGGCAGUGAAAAAGUCUGAUGCUUCACACACUCGCGGUCGCAGUCCUCUCAGUGGAGCAGGGAACUUGUUGACCGGAGACUAUAGGCAGAAGAAGGGUAGUUCUCGAUCAAGAAGUCCCAAAGGAACUAGGUCUCCAUCUCCAGGACCGCGAAGUCUGCGACCACUACACACCCAAGACCGUGCAGAUAUGAAAGACGAGAGGCGCCGUAGUCUGUCGCCAGGAAGACUAUCGCCACGAUCAAAACAGCGAGUGAAACGAGGUCAACGAGGUGGAACGCGAACUGAAAAAAGAUGCGCGAUGCGGUAUGGGAUGGGAGCCGGUGAUGAUGAUGGGGCUUAUCUUGACGAUGAUGAUCAUGAUUGUCAUGGAGAUGCCUCUUAUUCCUUCAACCAUCCAGGCGGAAACAACUCCCACUCUCUACUAGAAGACAACUCCCAUAAUUCCUACAACAGUGGUGGAGGAAAACAAGGCAUGACUGAAGCAGAGGAGCAACGUCAUCGCGAGUUGAGCGAUAAGCAGAAGCACAUCGAGCGACUGAUCAAGGAGAAGAAGCGUGAGCAAAAGAAACUAGAAGAAGAACAUAAACGAGCUCGCUCUAGACUUCUGAAGGCUAUGGAUGCAGCCACCCACGCUGGUCUUUCUACCGUUCCCACUAGGAACAAACACUUGCAGAACAAGGGCAUGAAAGUCAGGGGUCCGCAUGCACAGGCGAACUCGCCACAUCUUGUUCAACAGAGUGACACGAUUCUCCGCAAAGUCGAACAGCUAGUGUCGGAUAUGAAAGGCGUAGGCAGUGUGAUGGACGUCGGAAACGCACAUUUACACUUGCGAGAUCCCCAAGCAGCACUAGAGGCAGAGCGACGAUUCAAGGACGAACACCAGUCAGCACGAGAAGUUCAACAGACUCGUCGUGGUCAAGACAACAUGAUCUUAGACACAAUUCAGAACAAUUUGCACGUCAAAGCAGGUGGUCUACGCGGUCGUCCCAAACACUCGAUAUCAACGAGAAGCCCCACUAGCGUUGUGGGACCUUCCUCGACCUCUUUGCUUGUUGCUGCACCGAGUCCUGGAGGGAUGAUCGCUUCAUCUCCAGUCCGCAGACGUCAAAGUUUGAAAGACCCACUGUCGCCAUUGUCUUUGCCGUCGACAUCAAGUCCUGGCAAAAGGGGCAAUCAUGAUAUGAAAGAAAAAAGUGCACUCAAACUCAGAAAAAGUGGCUAUUUUCCUGCUUUUUAAAUCCUAGCCAAUUUCUUGAGUGUGAGUGCACUUUUUCGCUUCAUACAUGAUGUCGCCACUUUGGUGCCUCCGAGGAGUGAUGGUCAAGGAGUAGAUGACUUUCCAGGUGAAGGACAAACCUCCGACCAAGAAUCAGACCUUUGGGCUACACGCAUCAAGCAGGAACCGCCUGAGAGUGCAGUGUAUAAUGGAUUGCACUUCGACGAAGUAGGCCGGUUUAGUUAUUUGUCAUACGAACAGCAGGAGCACAUCAAAGCGCAGACAAAGGGACUGGUCGUCAGUCGGGAACUUGAGGUCUAAUGUUGUUCAUUUUAAAGUUCAAUCUAUUCUACUACUACUUCUACAUUUAUUUUGCUUUUGGUCUGAAGAAACUGAAUUAUCAUUUUUGCCCUCCCCGUGGUCCUUCCCUUUGUUCGUUCCCAUCAUUCCUUGCUCGUCACAAGCACAACAAUAUCCUCCAGGGCGUCGCCUUCGACCUUAACAUUCGCGCAGCUAAGGAUUUCGUGAACAAAGAGGUAGAGCGCAUCCUUCUCGAAGAACUGAAAGCUGCUGAGGAUUUGAUACAAGGUCGCUGCACUCAGACCACCAUCAAUAGCGGAAAAAAUACUCGUCCGGGUACAUCAGCGCCUCCACCUAGACCUGGAACAGCAGCAGCAGUUCGUCCUGGCACAUCGGCAGCACGAAAACAAGAACGCAGAGGUGACCAACAUCUAGAGGCAUUUAAAGACGCGAAGAUGGGUAAUACAGCUCAGAUUUCUGCUCUAGUAGCGAAGACACAGCAAGCUAUCGAGGAAAGAAUGGGUCUAGGUGGAGAUGGUAGACUAUUUGACGAUAGCAGCUGUACUGAAGACUCCGCGAGUGACGUGGAACUACACCAGAAGUACAACGCUUUUCAUCAGGGCAGGAGUACAGGACAAGCGAAUAGCACCACUCAAAGAGCUGCUGCUUCCAAAAGUCCUCGACACGCUACUAGACCUGUCGUCGCCUCUGAAUCCGCUUCUGCCUCAGACUCCUCCUCCGCUUGGGCUAAUCCUGCGCAAACGAUCCUGUCCCAUGCUUCUUCAUCCUCUGAGGGAGUCGACGUCAACAAUCCGCACAAGAUUAGCAAAAGCAGCAUCAAAUACAAGGUAG